GCCUUCAAAGACCGGUUUUCUGGAAAACCAGUUUUCGAGAAACUCUAAAGAACAACCAAAAGCUUUCUUAAUGAGGCGUAAUUGUAGUUCAUACAUUUCUGAUUAAAACGAGGCAUCUUCCAGCUCUGCAGGUUCUUUCUUUGCAAAGUUAUAGAGUUUACAAGAAAAGCCCUAAAUGUUCAUUGUUACCUGAGAGCUACAGAAGGAAAAAGGAAUUUAGGGCUUUUCUUGUAAACUCUAUAACCUUGCAAAGAAAGAUCGUGUAGAGCUGGCAGAUGCCUCGUUUUAAUCAGAAAAGUAUCGACUACAAUUACGCCUCAUUAAGAAAGCUUUUGGUUGUUCUUUAGAGUUUCUCGAAAACUGGUUUUCCAGAAAACCGGUCUUUGAAGGCCUAGCAGCAGCAGUCAUGGUGAUAUUCGGAAUCAGCAUCGUUGACUACCUACAGCCCACUAGGUGUCGUUCAAAAAGCGAUCUAUCAGUUGGGGUACUUCCCUCGUGAGUCAAAUAGAGGAAAUGUCUCGAAGAUUUUUACAAUACUCUUCCAUCAAACUACCCUCGACCUAUGAAAGGUAUCGUUUGUUGCUUUUUUGUAUCAACUUUGCUAAUUUCAAUGAUCUAAGGCUUUUCGUCAGUUGGAUGCAGUUUGAUGAAAAGAUGUCGUGAAAAUGUUGGGAACAUCGAUCUCAUUUCGUGCAAAGAUAUUUGCUUUGUUAUUAUCGAGCGUUUUUCUUAGGUGAGAAAUUUUUUUUUUGUAAUCAAAGUUAUCCGCCGAUAUUUUUUGUGGCUAAAAAAGAAAGUGGGUAACUGCCUCCAUUAACCAUAUACUCUGCAGUGACAUAUUCAGAAGCUUUUCACAAUAACUUCAGUCAGUUAAAAAAUAUUCUGUAUCAGUAAAAAAUGUUUUCUAACGGGGAAUCUAAUAAUAAUUCUUCAAGAAGCGAGCCAUAGUUUACUUCACCAUUGGUAAUCAUAAUUAAAGUUCAGAAGGUCAAUUUAGAGGCAUAGAAAUAAGUAAAACUUGAUUUAUUAUACAUUUUCUUUAUUAUGCUCUAUUCACAGUCACUAAUACCAUCAAAAUAUGAACUGAAAAUGACAGUAGAAAGAAAAAUAGAUAGAACGUUGUUUUGAGAAACUUUGUUUCUUCCUUGUCUUCCAUCAUCACCCACAUCAAAUGACUUCAACAUGUUGAAGUUAUUUGAUGUGGGAGCAAUUUUAUAAGAGUAGCAAUUAUUGACUAUUGUAUCGUAUUCUUCUUUCGUUCUUGAAGUGAAUAUCCAAGAAUUGGCAGUGGACCUGAAAAGAACGUCCAAUCACAUUUCCCAGAAAUUUGAGUAAUUGCGUAUUGAUACAGGGAUUUUAUUUUGUAAAUAGAACUACUAGCUCUAAUUUUUCAGCUGUAUGAAUAUAUUGUAUUGUUUGAUUUUUCUGAACGAUAAUCGUCUUACGAAUCAGAUCAAUUGUAUCGGAUAAUGAACGUUGUAGCCAGUUUGUUUUGAUUUUUAGCGUAAUAUUUAUGUCCUCAUUAUCAAACAACCUUUCAGUUUUAGCAAAAUAAAGCUUAGAUCAAAAUUGAUCUUCAUAUAGUGUAACGUACUCGUUCUAAACACUAUCUGAUAUUUCCAACAAUGUAUAACGAGAGAAAUAAGCCAUUUAUGGUAUAUCUAUACUACAAAAUGUUUUGUGCUUACCAGUUAUAGUACAAAAAAAAAUACCAAAAAUGUUCACUUAGGUUUUUUUCUUUAAUACAAAAUUUUGUAACUUCCGUUGAGUUUUCCAUAUUAAAAUCCUUUAAUCACAAUAGAUAAAUCCCAAAUGAGUAAGCUGAAAAAUAUGAUAAUAACUAAUAAAUUUAAACUCUUCGUUGAUUAAUAAAAGAAAUCUAAUAAAGUUUAGUUAAAUAUAUAGUAAUAGAUUUCAUAUAGUGAUAGAUUUCAAUCUAUUACUACAUAAUAUAUACAAUAUCAAAUUUUCUUUCUUUUUCCACAAGAGAACUUUCCUACACAUACAAUUGGUCUAAUAAAGACGUAGUCUUCAUCAGCAUCUUAUUUCAAAUCUCAAUAGGGAUAAAUAACUACGUGACGGUACUAAUGAUCAUCACAUACUUCGUCAUCUUCUUCUUAUUUUCAGAAUAAAUACGAUUAUUUGACCAUAUUAUUCUUGCAAAUAUCAAUGAAUAUUGAAAUGAUAGACAAUGAACAGUAGUAGCAACAUAUUUAUUGACUCAGCGUUAGAUAAUGCUGUUGAUUACGGUGUCCAAUCGAAUGAUGAUUCAGCAGCAGAAUUUCGAACAUUACUUACACGAUAUUAUUACCCAUUUCUUGUUGUCUGGGGUACCGUUGGAAACGUUUUAUGCUUAAAAGUAUUAUUAAGAAAAAAAUUUUUAAAAAAUUCCACUUGUCAAUAUUUGGCCGUGUUAGCCGUUAUCGAUAUUCUAUUUAUUUAUACAAGAUCAUCACGUUACUUAUAUAGAUAUUUUUUUAGUGUUGAUUUACGAAAUACAUCAAAAUGGAUAUGUCGAAUAUUUAUCUUCUUCAGUUCAGCUUUAUCUCACAUAGCUUCAUGGAUAUUGGUUGUCGUUAGUUUUGAUCGAUAUUUAAUUAUUACAAAUCGAUAUAGAAGACGUUCAGUCGAUCAUAGAGUCUUGUUAUCAACAAUGAUUUUAAUUAUUGUUGUUUGUUUUUUCAAUGCACAUUAUUUCUUUAUAUUAGGUAAAACGAUGACGUUUCCUCGGAUCGAUCGAUCUAAACUCAGUCAGUUUAAUCUCACUGCUUAUUCAUCAUUAUCAUUUGAUUCCAGUUCGCAUGAAGAAACCUCUGCAUCGUUAUCUCAACUAUACAUACCACUUAAAAAUGAGACACGUUUUGUUUGUAUUGCUCGUGAUGAUUUUGAUCAAUUUUUUCGUCUCUAUAUUCCUAUAUUUGACAUUUUACUCGUAGCUGCUGUUCCAUUUCUCCUGUUAUGUUUUUCAAAUCUUAGUAUCAUUGUAUUUACAAUGAGAACGAAUAGAGCAUUACAACGUCGGGGAGUUAUACGAAAACAAUCACAUCGCAGACAUCAACGUCUAACUGUGAUGUUAUUGUCCGUCACCUGCGUAUUUCUGUGUCUAACAUGUCCAUCAGUCAUUUACAUUUGUGUUAACAAAAUAAUGUAUAGUGGUAGUUCAACACAAAGCAUGAUGCCCGCCGCAAAAUUAUUUACAGUCGAUAUACUUGAGAGCCUUUGGUAUACAAAACAUGCAAUUAAUUUUAUUUUAUAUACUCUGAGCGGUUCUGAUUUUCGUCGUGAAUUUUUGAAGUUAUUCCAGUGUUGUUGUUGUUUUAAUCGACCAUUACAAUUAACAAAAUUAAUUAAACAAGAAGUAUUAGUGACCGUCGUACCACCACCAUCACCAUUAUCAAUGAUCGUCAAACAAAGUGUGCCACAAAGAGUGUCUACAUCUGUAACAAACAAUCCGUCCUAUCAACUUAUUACAAGUUACAACGAAGAAAAACUAAUAUGA